CCUGGACCUUUGUCAUGGCUCUCGCUCUGUGGCUCUUUUUUGUCUGCUGUCUCCCGGCACUGGCAGCUCAUCCCAGGGGGCAGAGAACCUCCACCCUGACUUUCGUUUUCGAUGUGACCGGCUCCAUGUACGAUGACCUGCUUCAGGUGAUGGAGGGAGCAGCUAAAAUCCUGGAGAGCACAUUGGACAGAACCAGCACUCCAGUAUCUAACUUUGCACUGGUGCCUUUCCAUGACCCAGAAAUUGGUCCUGUUACUGUCACCUCGGAUUCAAAGAGAUUUCAGAGUGAACUCCGGGAUCUGUAUGUACAGGGUGGUGGGGACUGCCCAGAGAUGAGUAUGGGAGCAAUUAAGCGAGCGCUCGAAGUAUCCCAACCUAAUUCUUUUAUCUACGUCUUCACUGAUGCCCGGGCAAAAGACUAUCAACUGACGAAGGAUGUCCUGCAACUCAUCCAACUGAAGCAGUCCCAGGUUGUGUUUGUAUUAACUGGAGACUGUGGGGACAGAGGCCACCCUGGUUAUCAAGCUUUUGAAGAGGUAGCUUCAACAAGUUCAGGUCAAAUAUUUCACCUGGAUAAACAGCAAGUCAAUGAGGUACUGAAAUGGGUUGAAAGAACCAUCCAGGCUUCUAAAGUCCAUUUGCUGUCCACUGAUCAUAAGGAGAAGGAGGAGCAUCUCUGGCUGGUGCCCUUUGACCCUAACCUAAAAGAAGUCACCAUUUCUCUUAGUGGCCCCACUCCAGCCAUAGAAAUUCAGGAUCCCUUGGGGCGGUUCAUGUGGCGAGGAUUGGGUUUGAAUGAACUGUUGAAUAUUCCAAACUCAGCACGUGUUGUCAAUGUGAAAAAUCCACAGCCUGGAAUGUGGACAGUAAAGCUCCGCAGCACUGGACGCCACUCCGCACGGAUCACAGGAGUCAGUAGUAUUGAUUUCCGGGCUGGAUUUUCUACAAAACCUACUUCAGAUUUCCAAGAAACAAGUGAGCGUCCGAUCCAAGGAAUCCCCACCCAUGUAUUGUUGAACUGCUCUGGCCUGCAUCCUCCAGGGCAGCUUGACCAAUUGGAGCUCCUCAGUACUUCUGGAGAGACCUUGUUGAAUCUGCCCAUUAGGCCUCAUUCCAGCCACAACACAAACACCAUGUGGAAAGUUCCAGAAUUCAUGCCACCUAACGAGAACUUCUUUCUGAAAGUGACAGGAUACGAUAGUGAAGGUUAUCGUUUUCAACGUCUAUCCAGUGUCUCCUACACAAAUCUGGUCCCUGGACCUCCUGUAGUGAGCAUGCCCAGUCAAACUCACUGUUACUACAUGCAGCCCGCAUCGAUUCGGUGCUCCGUGAAGAGUCUGAUUCCAUUCACGCUGAGAAUCUUCAGAAAUGGCACCAGAAUUAAGUCAGACCGCCUGUUUCUAGACUCAGUGAAUACUGCAUGGGAAAUCCCGAGUGUUUCUGGAGCUGAUGAAGGUUUUUAUGAUUGUGUCGCUAUCAGCAACUCGGGCACGGGCAUAGCUCGAACAUUAUUGGUUGUUACUGAACCGCCUCCUAAUGUGAAAACCCCUCAAAACGUCACGGCAUUCCCUGGGGAUCAGGUGGUCCUGACAUGCAACGUUCUUGGAAGCAUCCGAUAUAACAUUACCUGGAUGCGAGAUGGAACUGAGCUUCAGGAUGACAAUGAGAACAUUACUCCUUUGAGAAACUCAUCAUUAGCAUUUUGGAAUGUGCAGUCAGAGAAUGCUGGACGCUACGAAUGUGUGGCAGUCAAUAUGCAGGGAUCAAGUCGUGCUUCUGUGUGGUUGUUUAUCUCCGAUCCCCCACAUGUUACUGUCAGUCCCAGCUCGCAGAACUUUCUGAGGGCAAUGGAGGUCCAGAUACACUGCACUGUCACUGGUUACCCUGAUCCUGAAGUUGUCUGGAUUCACAAGGAUACACUUGUGAUGAAUAAUGAUAGGUUUGUCAUCAAUGAUUUUGGUACUUUAAUAAUAAAAGAUGCUGUCCCAAAGGAUGCUGGGAGUUACACCUGCCUUGCAUCAAAUUCGGUUGGAACAGACAAAGGAGAAGCAAAGUUGAAAUACUUGGAGAUCCCUACAAUCACUGUGUCAAAACCAGUGAUACUCGCUGUGGUUACAGGUGUUGCAUUGCUGGAAUGUCGAGCUGCAGGAGUCCCACAGCCUGAGGUCAAAUGGUACAAAGGUGGUCUGGAGCUGGCCCUUGUCCCGUUUACAGAAAUUGACCCAGUUCAUGGUACACUGAGGAUAAGGAAGGUGCAGCAGGUGGAUGCUGGAGAAUAUACUUGUGUGGCUAGUAAUGAGGCUGGCACCUCUUCUGCCACAAUAAUGUUAGAUGUUGGCUCUGCCCCUCUGUUCUUGGAGAUGCCCUCUGAUGUCUCCGUGACUAUUGGCAAGAAUGUGACGUUGCCUUGCAGUGCAGUUGGGAAACCAAUUCCACAGGUCACCUGGCGACGUCUUGACGGACAACCCAUCUUCACCAAUGUUGAUUCAAUGAGCUUUGUCAGCCAACUAGAGACAGGCAGCUUGUUCAUAGAGAGUGUGUGGUUGGACGACGAAGCUAUAUAUGUGUGUGAGGCACAGAAUCGGUUUGGAGUGAUCCGUUCUGAGGUAGCACUGACCAUCAGUGGUCUUGUCGCCCCCGAAGUAGUUGAAAGUGCCCCAGUCAUCAAUGUACUGGAGGGUCGGUCUCUAACAUUACCGUGUGUUGUUCUGGCUGGCAAUCCCUUCCCUGAACGUUACUGGUUAAAGGACAACCAGCUGUUAAGUUUGGACAGUCGUCUGUCAAUCCGAAGUGAUGGCAGUUUCUUUAUUGAAAGAGCAGAGCAAGGAGAUGCUGGAAAAUACAUCUGCACCAUCAGAAAUGUAGUGGGAUCUGUUAAUAAGACCAUCACAGUAUAUGUUCAUGUUCUACCUGCAAUUAAACCCGGGCGAACUGUUUACAUCACCGAUGAGGGGGUGGCUGUUACUCUGCUUUGUGAAUCCACUGGAACUCCUAAACCAACAGUCAUUUGGUCCAAGGGUAGGGAGCUCAGACCUCAACAUGAACUGCAAUAUUCAAUCGAUGCAAGUGGAAAGCUCCUGAUCCCGUACCCAUCAGCAGAAGAUUCUGGAAUCUACAUCUGCACUGCGACAAAUGUAGCAGGGGUUUCCAGCAGAGAAAUGCAGCUGUUUGUCCACACAAGACCUAAGAUUGAUGGAGUGAACCCAGAUAAUUCGGACAAGCCAAUUGAAAUCACAGCCACGGCUGGGACAGAGGUGACAUUACCCUGUGAAGUUCAGGGCUCCCCUCCUCCCAUUAUCAGGUGGAAGAAAGACUCGCGUCUGGUACCACUCAUAUCAGCCAGGUACACAGUCUUGCCAUCGGGGUCACUGAUGAUCUUGGAUUCAAGAGCAUCUGACAGUGGUCUCUACAAAUGCUCAGCUAUAAACAGAGCAGGGAAUGCCUCAUUGACAUUGCAACUCAUUGUUCAAGUCCCUCCCAAAAUCCACCUGUCUCAUCAUCUCCUGAAGGUAAUCGCAGGUCACUCCAUUGACCUCCCUUGCCUGGCACAUGGUGAUCCAACUCCAAAAAUCAGGUGGUAUAAGGAUGAUGAAGCCCUGCUACAAGGUGCCAGCGAUUCACUGGAUGGUCCUGAUGGUUCAAUCAGCAUUGCAGACGUGGAACUCUCUGAUGCUGGGAUGUAUCGUUGUGAAGCAACCAAUAAUGCUGGACAUGAUACGGCUCAAAUGACACUGGAAGUGUUGGAGCCACCAUUUUUUGGCGAAGAUGUUGUCCCAAUUAAUGCUGAACAGGAGCGGUUGGCCAGAGAAAAAGUUAUGCUUCCCUGCCCAGUUAAUGGAACUCCUCCACCAAUUAUACGCUGGCUAAAGAAUGGCUUAGAUCUUCCAGCUCAUGAACCAGGGAUUCUAAUACUGGAGGAUGGCUCUCUUCUCAUUGAUUCAGCUUCACCCAAUGAUAGUGGAGAUUAUUUGUGUAUUGCAAUGAAUGAGGCUGGCUCUUCCAAAAGGAAAUAUCGAUUGAAUGUCCAAGUUCCUCCUGAGAUUCAAGGAAAUGGCCGAAUGCAGAACAUCACAGCGUUGGUUAAUCAGCCAUUGAUGUUGGAGUGUGAUGCCAGUGGCACCCCAACACCAACCGUCAGCUGGUAUAAAAAUGAGCAGCGGGUGACAGAGACCAAUACAGUCCGACUCUUGAACGGUGGCCAAAUACUGCGACUUCCAAAAACCCGCAAAGGGGACUCUGGAAUGUAUUCUUGCAAUGCUGUUAAUGUUGCUGGUACAGCCAAAAAACAUUUCAAUCUACUGGUGCAGGUACCUCCCUCAAUCUUUGGAUCUGGAGUCACUCAAGAGGUAGCCAUUUUGGUGAAUUCUGAACUUGAACUCAUGUGUCAUACCAGUGGAGUCCCUUUUCCACACAUUGCAUGGAGUAAGGAUGGAGAAGCCCUAUCUCCAGGUGUCCAACGUGUGGAGUUUACCGAAGAAGGGCAGACAUUACGCAUUCAAACAACUCGCCUCAUCGAUCAGGGCCUCUAUCAGUGUAUUGCCUUCAACUCAGCUGGACAGAAGAGCAAACACUUCAAAGUCAAUGUUUACGUCCCUCCCACAAUCCAAGGAGCGAACGAUACCAAGGAGGUAAUUGCCCAGUUGAAGAGUCACAUCAGUCUACGGUGUGACGCACAUGGAAUUCCUGCCCCAGGGAUUACGUGGCUGAAGGAUGGACGACCAAUUGUGUCCAGCUCGAAAAUGAUGUAUGUUGAAAGAGGCCAGUUUUUGCUGGUUAAUGAGGUGCAGACAUCUGAUGCAGCAUGGUACACAUGCAGAGCAAGGAACAUUGCAGGCACAAUGGAGAAGUCUUACAGAGUGCAGGUUUAUGUUCCACCCAGUAUUGAGGGUCGCUUGCACCAUCCACUGAAGACAAAAGCAGUAAUUGGUCAUUCUUUGACAUUAAGCUGCUCCUCAAGCGGUCACCCUCCUCCUGUCCUCUCUUGGCUCAAAGAUGGUGUCUCAUUGACAGACAGUGACAGAAUACAAUUGAUGGGUGAAGGAAAGGCCCUUAAGAUUGAGAAUGUCAGAGAGAGUGAUGCUGGCACCUAUACAUGUAUGGCUACCAGUGCUGCUGGAGAAGAACACCUUCAAUACACUGUGGACAUCUUAGUCCCUCCACAGCUGUUGAUUGAAGAAUCCUCUCAUGUGACUGUGACCAUUGAUAAGCCUCUGGAACUGACAUGCAAAGUGACUGGUCACCCACCACCAAAGAUAACAUGGCUUAGGAAUAACAUUGUGCUCACUGAACUUGAUGGUGCCCAGAUGUCAGCUGACGGAAGCAAACUUUUUAUUCCUUAUUUGAAGUUGGUGGAUGUCGGUCGUUAUGUAUGUGUGGCCAGAAAUGAAGCAGGGGAAAGGAGAGGAGAAUUUGAUGUCACAGUUCAUGUCCCCCCAGCAGUGACAAUUGGAGGAGUUGAGAAUUUGGUCAUCGUUGUUGGGAAAUCUGCAAUAUUGGAAUGCACUGCUACUGGAAUUCCAACACCAUUGAUCACAUGGUUGAAGGAUAGUCAGCGACUGAUUGAAACAAGUGGGAGACUUAAGAUUGAGAAAGUGACUCAACAAGAUGGGGGUAUCUACUCCUGUGUAGCAACAAAUGGGGCAGGUGAAUCCCAGCAAGACGUCGUAGUGACUGUAUAUGAGCCUCCUGUUAUGGAUAAGUCUGUGGAUACAAACAAAACUGCAGUAGUGAAUCUCCCAGCAUCUUUUGAGUGCCUUGCCUCUGGAACUCCACCCCCAGUAUUGACUUGGUUCAAGGGGCAGCAGCUGAUCACGCAUUUGACUGGUAGCAGUGUGUUGGAGAAUGGAAGAACUUUGAGAAUACAGAAUGCCCAGGUAUCUGAUGGUGGGCAGUAUCGCUGUGUGGCAACCAAUGUGGCUGGCAGCACGGAACUACAAUAUACCUUAAAAGUUUACGUUCCACCGGUGAUCUCAACUGCUCUGGACCUGGUUACUGUUCUUAUAAACCAGCCCGUAGAACUUCAGUGUGAAGCAACAGGAGACCCUCCCCCCAAAAUAACAUGGCUAAAAGACCAAACCCCGAUCACCAUGAUGACUGAAGGGUUAAAGUUCCUGUUGGAAGGUCAGAUUCUGUCCUUAGCCAAUGCACACUUCUCUGAUUCAGGAAUGUACUCCUGUGUAGCUCUUAAUCCUGCUGGAGAGGACCAGAAGGAAAUUCAUCUGCAAGUUUAUCUUCCACCAAGUAUUCUGGGAGAUGAGCAGAAUGUUUCUGUCACUUUGAAUAACUCUGUGUCCUUGGACUGCCAGAGUCAAGCAUUCCCACCACCCACUCUUCGCUGGACAAAGGAUGGUCAACCUCUACCAAUGCGUGCAGAUCAUAGACUGUCAGCAAAUGCCAGUCUUUUUGAGAUCAAGAGUGCCCAGAUUCAAGAUGCUGGCCGCUAUACUUGUGAGGCUUCAAACAAUGCUGGAAAAACAGAGAAGAACUACAAUUUACACGUAUGGGUGCCGCCAACAUUUAAAGGAUUAAAGGAACAAAUGCCUGUGACAGUAAUUGAAGGAAACACAAUGAGUUUGUUUUGUCAUUGCAUUGGGAUUCCUUACCCCACCCUUGAGUGGCAAAAGAAUGGAAAACCACUGUCUAUAGUGAAAGAUGAUCGAAUUACUAUUUUCUCUGGUAGACAAAUGCUACAAAUAUCUCGGACUCAGAUAUCAGAUGCUGGAAACUACACAUGCAUAGGGACUAAUUUAGCUGGGACAAACAAACAAGACUACAGUGUGGAGGUUUAUGUGAUGCCCAAUAUCAAGAAUGGUGGUGGGCAGUCAACAGAAAUUUCAAUUACCAGGGGAGCUAAGAUCAUGCUAGAAUGUGAAGCUAAUGGAGUUCCACGGCCAGUGUUGACAUGGAUGAAAGAUGGGCGUCCUGUGGUGAGCAGACGAGGCAUCCAAGUGGAGAACGAAGGGCGGUCCCUGAAAGUUCAAAGGGCACAGGAGCACCACACAGGCCGCUACACUUGUCUGGCUGUUAACGUGGCUGGACAAUCAGACAGGAAGUUUGAUUUGACUAUUCAUGUCCCUCCAGCUAUCACUGGGGAGAUGGGGGCUCCAGAAAAUAUCAGCACCGUCCUGAGCAACUCGAUCUCGCUGACAUGUGAGGCCACCGGAGUCCCUCCACCUGUCUUCACCUGGUUCAGAAAUGGAUCACCUCUUGUCUCCAGUACAAGGAUGCAAAUGCUGUCAGGUGGACGGACCCUCAAAUUGACCCGUGUCCUCAUGGCAGAUGCCGGCCAUUAUACCUGUGUAGCCAGCAACGGUGUAGGGGAAGCAGCGAAGGAUUUUCAUGUGGAUGUACUGAGUCCUCCCAGCAUUUUAAAUGAAAAUCAGAUGGAAAAGGUGGAAGUUAAGCAAGAACAGAGCAUCAACAUGACUUGUUUGACCACAGGCAAUCCAAAGCCAUGGGUUACUUGGUUGAGAGAUGGUCAGGAACUGAAUGACAGCACAGAUUAUUGGGUUUCAUCAGAUGGAUCCGUUCUGGAAAUCUUCAAAGCAACUUUGUCCCACACAGGACAGUACACUUGUGUCGCAACUAACUCUGUGGGUGACAAAUCUAUAAACUACCAUCUCAGUGUUCUAGUUACACCCAGAAUUCCCAGUAUUGGUGAAGAUGGCACCCCAGAGGAUGUCAUAGUUAUUGUGAAUAAUCCAACUUCAUUGGCGUGUGAGGCUGAGGCCUAUCCAAGCCCAACCAUCCGCUGGCUCAAGGAUGGCAUACCCUUCAAGGCUUCCAGGAAUAUCCAUCUUUUGCCAGGAGGUCGUGGACUCCAGAUUCUGAAUGUACAGGAGGAAGAUGCUGGUCGCUACAGCUGUGUCGUGACAAAUAUAGCAGGGGAAGCUGUGAAGGAUUAUGAGCUCAAAGUCUUCAUUCCUCCACUGAUAGCAAAGGAUGAUCAGACAGCAGGAGGUUUUCAUGUCACUCACGUGAAGACCAAGGUGAACACCACAUUGACACUGAUGUGUGAAUCAUGGGCAACCCCGGUCCCUGCUCUUCGCUGGUAUAAGGAUGGUCAGCUGUUGACAGGAACUGAACAUCUUCAGAUUCUUGACAAAGGACAUGUUCUCCAAAUUAAAUAUACAAGGGUGUCAGACACAGGUCGUUACACUUGUGUGGCCACAAACAUUGCAGGAGAGGAUGAAAAGGAUUUUCAUGUUAACAUUCAAGUGCCUCCAAUCUUCCAGAAGCUAUAUGGUGUGAACGCCGCCUGGGAGGUGUUAUACCGGGAGGAUGAAGCAGAGGAGAUUGUCGAGCAUCGGGAAGUGAUUGUGAAUAACCCAGUUUCUCUCUACUGUGAGACUAAUGCCAUUCCACCUCCCAUUCUCUCCUGGUACAAGGACGGUGAAGCUCUCUCUGCCACGGACGAUGUCCUGAUUCUUCCAGGGAGCCAUAUCCUGCAGAUCCCAAGGGUGCAAGCUGAUGAUGCCGGGCGAUAUACAUGCCGAGCUGUCAAUGAGGUUGGAGAGGACCAACUGCACUACGAGCUUGUCGUUCUGAUCCCUCCAUUUAUUCAUUCAGAAGGUGGGGAGUUUGGGGAAGAGCUGGUAUCAACUGUUAACAAAACAGUUCAACUGCGUUGUGAAGCUUCAGGGAAUCCUUCACCUUCCAUAUCUUGGCUCAGAGACAGCCUACCCAUUGCAACAGACUACAGACACCAACUUCUGGAUAAUGGCAGCCUUCUGCAGAUUCACAUGGUGCAGGCAUCUGAUGCAGCUGGCUACGUUUGUCUAGCAGAAAAUCCAGCAGGAAGCACAGAGAAGCUUUUCAGCCUUCAUGUUCAAGUGCCUCCCAUGCUUUUGGGCCCCACUCCAGAAAAUGUCAGUGUCGUGAUGAAUAAUCCCAUUUGGUUAACAUGUGAAUCCCGAGCAGUACCUUCUGCAGACAUCGAAUGGUACAAAAAUGGACAGUUGCUGCAAUCCCACCCCGACAUGCUGAUCCUCCCAGGUGGUCAUAUCCUUCACAUUCCCAGAGCAAAGACAGAAGACAAUGGCAACUAUGUUUGUGUUGCCACCAAUGCAGCAGGGGGAGAUGUGAAGGACAUUCACCUCCAUAUAUAUGUUCCGCCCUCCAUUAAACACCAUGGUGACAGUUACUCUGAGGCCAUCACAAUCCGUGCUGGAGAGACAGCUACUCUCAGAUGUGAAUCAGAAGCAGUACCAGUCCCUACUAUUUUGUGGUAUAAGAACGAUCACCUUCUGGCCUUGGUAAAUGGCACCCAUAUCCUAUCUGACGGUCAAAUACUCCAAAUACAAGAUGCUCAGGUUACAGAUUCUGGGCACUAUAUGUGUAACGUUACCAACCUGGCUGGACACAUGAAAAGGACCUUCAGGCUGAAUGUGCACUCCCCACCAACUUUUGAAGAGCCUUUAGAGGAGGUUAUAAAUCAGACAGCUGGCAGCCCCUGUGUCCUAUCAUGCCAGGCAUUGGGAGUUCCACCACCCACGAUCACUUGGCUCAAAGAUGGAGAACCAUUAGACAGUAGCAACAGCCAGGAUUGGCAUAUCUUAUCCAGUGGUAGUAGACUUCAAACUAUCCAGUUACAGAUUUUCCAUUCCGGGAAUUACUCCUGCUUGGCAAGGAAUUCUGAGGGAGAAGUUUAUAAACAUUUCUUACUCUUCAUUCAAGUGCCACCGAGCAUUCUUGGCUCAAACGUGCCCACUGAAUAUGAUGCCAUGGAGAAUGAAGAUGUGAAAUUGGAAUGUGUGGCUACAGGAGAACCAAAACCCAUUUUAAAGUGGUUCAAAGAUGGCCAACCAUUAGAAACACUGACAAAAGCACACUUCAAUUUGACCUCAGAUGGUAGUUCCUUGGGUAUAAAGGGAGUUUUGGUUUCAGACAUGGGAAGAUAUACUUGUAUGGCAUGGAAUACUGCUGGAGAAGAAACAAAAAUGUUCAUACUCAAUGUACUCAUACCUCCGAAUAUCAGCGGGGUCUCCAGCAGUCCUGAGAUCAUCACAGCAGCGCUGAAUGCAGCGGUUACACUUGAAUGCAGAGCUGCUGGUACCCCUACCCCACAGCUCACCUGGUUAAAGGAUGGAUUACCACUUCCCAUCUCAUCCCAUGUGAGGCUGCUAUUGGCUGGUCACAUCCUGAGGAUUGCUCAGAUUCAGAUUUCUGACACCGGAACCUACACAUGUGUCGCUGUGAGUCAGGCAGGCGUGACAGAGCGGCAUUACCACCUGCAAGUCCAAGUUCCACCCAGAUUUGACAAUCCCGGAGACUCUGAGAAGAUGAUGGUCAUUAGAGGCGCUUCUGUGUCUUUCACAUGCGAUGCUAGUGGAAUCCCACCCCCUGUGUUAUCCUGGUUAAAAGAUGGUGAACUGCUAGUGCUCAAUGACCUGAUUCCCAGGAGUCAUGAGAAGAAGCUGCAGUUAUCCUCUGUUGACAUGAGUGACUCUGGAUGGUAUUCCUGCAUUGCUGUGAAUGAAGCAGGCAAAGCCACAAGACACUUCAACUUGGUCGUCAUGGAGCCACCGCAGCUUUCUGACUCUGAGAUGCCACAGGAACUGUCUGUUGUGCUAAGUAGUCGACUGGAGUUGGCGUGCACAGCAGUGGGAGUCCCUGAUCCUGAAAUAAGCUGGAUGAAGGACGGAGUGCCUCUUGAUGGAGCAGGCUUGAUACUGAAUGACGGAAAGAUGCUUAGGAUAGAAAGUGUACAGGUAGAAGACGCUGGACUGUAUACCUGUCUAGCAACAAAUCUGGCUGGUGAGGAUCAGCUGCAAUAUUUAGUCGGAAUAAAUGUUCCUCCAAAUAUCAUUGGCUCCAAUGAUGCUCAGAUGAUUACUCUGUUGGCUGAAGAGCAGUUAACACUGGAAUGCAAGUUUGAAGCUGAUCCACCUCCCAUUGUUCAGUGGUUCAAGGAUGAUGUACCAUUACAGGCAAAUACUCACAUCCAGAAUGUGCCAGAUAGACAAUACUUGCUGAUCAGUAAUGUUGGGCCCUCAGACGCUGGCAAGUACAGUUGCCUUGUUAGCAACAUAGCAGGACAAAUGACUCAUAUCUUCAAUGUAGUUGUUCAUGUUACCCCGACAAUUAAAGCCAACUCCCCGUCACUGUCAGUCUUUGUCAACCAGGUUGCUUUAUUGGAAUGUGAGGCCGAAGGCAUCCCAAAACCAACAGUCACUUGGAGAAAAGAUGGCAAUUUUCUGCUUGCAGGCAGUCCCAGGUUUGACUUUCUUUCUGAGGGAUCUCUACAGAUCGACUCAGUCCAGGUUUCGGAUGCUGGCCACUAUCUUUGCACAGCAUCAAAUGCGGUUGGAACAGAUCAUCAUAAGAUCGAACUACAGGUCUUGGGUGCGCCCAUCAUCAGUCCUGCUCCAACGAACAUCACCGCUGUGGCAAAUGUUCAAGCAGAGUUGAGCUGUGAGGCUUCAGGAGCCCCAAAACCUGAGGUGACCUGGAAGAAAAAUGGUAAACCACUGAACUUUAACAUGCAACAGAACAUGUACAGGUUGUUACCUUCAGGAUCGCUGGUGAUCAUUUUGGCCACCACUCAGGAUACAGCACUGUAUGAAUGUGUAGCAUCUAAUGAGGCGGGUGACUCCCACAGGCUUAUCCAAUUCACGGUCCAUGUUCCCCCAUCGAUUGCUGACGACUCUCCAAAUGUUACUGUCACUAAAAUGUCCUCGGUGGUGUUGUCAUGUCACGCGACUGGAAUCCCAGAACCUGCAGUGAGCUGGAUGAAGGAUGGAGCUCAAAUGGGGAACCGAGGCCCAGGGUACAAAAUCCUACCAACAGGAAUUCUGGAAAUCACCACAGCAACCCUGAGCCAUGCUGGCAGCUACAUGUGUACAGCUCACAAUGUGGUGGGGACAGCACACAGACAUGUAACGCUCAUUGUGCAAGAGCCUCCUGUUAUCAAGCCCCUACCUGCCACUGUGGAAAUUGUAGUAAAUAGAGAUAUUAUCCUGCCCUGUGAGUCAACAGGCACACCAAGACCCAGUAUUACCUGGCAGAAAGAGGGUGCCACCAUCACAAACACAGGUUAUUUAUUACUGGCUAAUGGAGCGCUGGAGAUCACCAGAGCCAAGGAGGAAUAUUCAGGGAAUUACAUGUGUAUUGCCCAAAAUGCAGCUGGCACUGCUGUGGGCAAGACAAAACUGGUGGUCCAAGUUCCCCCAGUUAUCAAAGCUCACAGCAGGGAACAUAAAGCCACCAUUGACCAUCCUGCAACUUUACCCUGCGAGGCAGAGGGCCAUCCAAAACCAGAGGUAACAUGGGUGAAAGAUGGCCGCACCAUUGCUAACCAGAUGCGCCUGCAAACGUUUGCAAAUGGAUCCCUACAGAUUCUACCAGUCCAGCUUGCUGAUGCAGGAUGGUAUACGUGUGUUGCCAGGAACAAAGCAGGGGUAGUCAGCCUGGACACGAUUCUUGCGGUGCAGGGUGAGAGUGGAACCAUCAACAAUCCAACUUGCAUUUACCCAGAGGACGGCGGUGUCUACACCUGCACAGCAGUGAGUGCAGCUGGCAAGGCCAGCCAUGAUAUCCGCCUGUCCGUAAGUGUUCAACCAGCAUUCACAGAACUCCCUGCAGAUGUGUCUCUCCACAAAGGGGAAAGGCUUUUGCUGACAUGUGCUGCAAAGGGCCUUCCAAUUCCAUUCAUCAGCUGGAGCUUCAAUAACAAACCUGUGGCAGUGAAAGAUUCUGGGAAAGAUGGUCAGAGUGAGCUGAUAAUAGAAAAGGUAACCAAAGAACAUUCCGGUACUUAUGUGUGCACAGCAGAAAGUGAUGUAGGAAUGAUCAAGGCAAUUGGAUUUGUCUAUGUGAAAGAGGCACCAGUUCUCCAAGGAGGGGUCACUGCUUACCUGAUGGAGCCCCUGGGAGGGAAUGUUGUUUUGAACUGUGAUGCCCAUGGAGAUCCAGCACCAUCAAUAAACUGGAAUAAAAAUGGCAGACCACUCACUGUUAGUAAUCGUAUUCGACAAAUGAAUAAUGGUUCCUUGGCCAUCUAUGGGACAGUGAAUGAAGAUGCCGGAGAUUACAAGUGUGUUGCUGAAAAUGAAGCUGGAGUAGUGGAACGGAAAGUCACUCUAAUGCUGCAGAGUGCACCUGUGUUCACCGUGGAACCUUUGGAUACAGUUGUCAGUGUAGGGGACAGGGUCUUAUUGCAUUGCCAGGCAGCAGGUGAGCCCGCACCCACGGUAGAGUGGACCAAAAAUGGACAUCCAAUCAGAGAGAAUGGGCGCCUGGUUGUGUUACAGAAUUCCACUCUGCAAAUCCUCUCUGCUGUGAAGAAAGAUACAGGAGAAUACAAAUGUGUAGCUCAGAAUCUCAUGGGAUCUUCCUUUGUAGGAAUAACUCUAACUGUGCAAGUGCAUGGUGGAUUUUCAGAAUGGCUGGACUGGGGCCCCUGCAGUGCUACCUGUGGCCAAGGAAUCAAAGAGCGAAUCCGUUUGUGCAACAAUCCUUUACCAGCCAAUGGAGGAAGAUCAUGUCAUGGCUGGGAUGUAGAAUCAAGGCAAUGCAAUGCAAAGCCUUGUCCAGUUCAUGGACAGUGGUCCCACUGGGGUGCAUGGGAGGGAUGCUCCCAAAGCUGUGGACAGGGAAACCAGACCCGUAGGCGAAGCUGCAGUGACCCACCCACACAGCAUGGAGGUCGGUCAUGUGAGGGGAAGGCGACUGAGGUGAAAAAAUGCAUCUUUGUUCCAUGUCCAGUGGAUGGACAGUGGACGGUUUGGAACAGCUGGUCUCACUGCUCAGCGUCCUGUGGGGGAGGGAUCCACCAGCGGACCCGGUCGUGUUUUGAUCCACCGCCUCAGUAUGGUGGCCGACUGUGUGAAGGAAGUGAUGUUGAUGUAGUACUGUGCAACAAUGAACCGUGCCCAGUGAAUGGGAACUGGGGCUCCUGGAGCUCCUGGAAUCCAUGCAGUCAGACCUGCGGCGGCGGACAAAGCAAGCGUUACCGAUCAUGUAGCAACCCAGCCCCUGCCAAUGGUGGCAAUGUUUGCUCAGGGGCAAAUGUGCAGAUGCAGCGCUGUGGUAUAGACAUGUGCCCUGUGAACGGUGGUUGGAGCCCAUGGCAACCGUGGAGCGAAUGUUCAGCUUCUUGUGGAGGAGGGAAGCAGUUGAGAAAACGACAGUGCAACAGUCCUCCCCCAAACAGCAAUGGAAGAGGCUGCCCUGGAGAGAGCUUCCAAACAGCCAGCUGCAGCUACCACCCAUGUCCAGGUAUUCCAGGGAGAGCCAGGGGCAGUCUGAUUGGAAUUAUUAAUGACAAAGAAUUUGGAAUCGCAAUCCUUGAUGCAAACAUCACAGAAAAUGCAGCUGCAGGCACUACAACCCUUCAGGCAAACGUUCAGAACAUUCCAAGCACAAUCGGUCCUCUGGUAAGAGUACUUGCCUCAAUUUUUACCCCCAUUUAUUGGGCAGUGGCCUAUCCUGCACCAGGCACAGCAAACGGCUUCAUUCUGACUAAAGGAGUUUUUAGGCAAGAAUCUCAAAUGGAGUUUGCAACAGGUGAAAUUCUACGAAUGACACACAUUGCCCGGGGAGUAGACACAGAGGGUGUCCUACUGUUUGACAUAGUGAUCAAUGGUUAUGUCCCCAGAAACAUAGCAAUUGCAGACGUUGCUGUGAAGGAUUUCAGUGAAAAGUAUGUCCAGACGGGUCCAGGACAACUCUAUGUUUCAUCAACCCAAACCUUUCUUCACAGUGGCUCCCCUCUUUCCUUCCACUGUAACCACAGCAUCGAGUAUGAGUCUGGGAUGGGCAACCAGCCUUCACUCUUCCAGAUUUUGAAGGCUGAGUACGUCUCUGUCUUCUAUAGUGAGAAGAUGGAGGAGUUGAAUUUCAGGAUCACUGUCUCCUUCCAGAAGGGUUCCACUGAAGGUUACUGCCCAGGAGGAUAUAUUCUUGAUUCAUCCUCGUACUGUUUAGAUAUUGAUGAAUGUCAGCUUGGGAUUCAUAUGUGUCACUUUGGGCAAAAUUGUCUAAACGAGGCUGGCUCAUAUCGCUGUCUGGUGCGAUGUGGGAUUGGUUUCAAGCGGUCGGCAGAAGGAGCUCAUUGUGAAGAUAUUAAUGAGUGUGAGGAGUCAGCCAGCCCACCCUGUCAACAGCGCUGCCUCAAUGCAGUUGGUACCUAUCGAUGUGGGUGUGAUCCUGGUUAUCAGCGCUUGGGACAGCACUGCAUUGAUAUCAACGAGUGCAAUAUAAACGUGUGCCGGCCCCACCAAGAGUGCCAGAACACCGAGGGAGGAUACCAAUGCAUAGAGAGCUGCUCUCAUGGCACUAUGCGAUUACCCAGUGGAACCUGUGGUGAUGUUGACGAGUGUAAAACAGGGAACCACCUGUGUCGAUAUAAUCAGAAGUGUGUGAACACAGCAGGAAGUUACCACUGCAGCUGUCCUCGUGGAUAUCGCUCACAGGGCGUGGGAAGACCAUGUUUAGAUGUUGAUGAAUGCCAACUGAUUCCCAAGCCCUGUGUCUACCAAUGUCGAAAUCUGGCUGGCAGCUACAAGUGCCUGUGUCCACCCGGAAAGCAGCUAUUGGCCGACGCCAGAUCCUGUGCUGAAUUGGAAAAGCCUAAACUGAGCAACAGCACAAUCACAAGCUUCAGACCCCAGCUAGUCUCUAUCAGUCAAUAUAGCCACAGCGAGCAGACAAGCCAGAACCAGAUUAACCCCUUCUACACCUGGUUGGGUUGGAAGAUGAACCGGGAAUUUGAGACACAAGUCAACAAGAAGUCCUGUCCUGCUGGAUACAGAAAGAGGAAUGGGCUGUGUACAGAUAUCAAUGAAUGCCAGACUUGGAAUUUCUGCCAGCACGAUUGCAGGAACACCCAGGGCAGCUACAGUUGCAUUUGUCCUCCUGGGUAUCGACUGCUGCCCAAUGGUAGAAACUGCCAGGAUAUUGAUGAAUGCCAAGAACAGAAUAUCAAGUGUGGACUGAACCAGAUGUGUUUCAACACAAGAGGCAGCCACCAAUGCAUAGAUACCCCAUGUCCAGCAAGCUACCGGAGGGGAGCCAGCCCAGGGACUUGUUACCGCCGUUGCAUCCUCCACUGUGCAGCCGCUCCCCUGAUAUUCCAGUACAAGCUGCUCACCCUCCCCCGGGGGAUCCCAGCCAAGCAUGACGUGAUCCGACUCUCGGCAUUCUCAGAGCGUGGCGUACUACAGAGCAGGACCAACUUCACCGCCAUCGAGCAGGAUGUGGCUAGCCCCUUCGUCGUUCGCACUGACGAGGGCCGUGGGAUUGUAUACACCCUGCGCCCACUGGUGGAACCCGGGGUGUACCACCUGAAAGUGCAUGCUACCACCUUCAGUGAACAGGGGCCACUGAAGUACCAGAGUGUAUUUGUCAUUGUCAUUGCUGUGUCCCCGUACCCUUAUUAAGGUUAACAACAGCUUCUACAUGGAGGAAUGUGUUGUAGCCUAAUGUGUUGUUGCAAAUUUCUAUUCUUUAACUACAUUGCAAAAGAAGUGUUUAUUUUCUUUUCUCCAAAAGACUCAGCUAUUUCACCUAGCGACAAUGACUUCCCAAGUCUUCAAAGCUCCACACUUUUCUUGCUACAUGGAUACCUCAUGCUCAUAGUUACAGAUCAAUAUUUAAACCCCGAGGUGGAAUUGAAUUCUGUAAAUCUGCGAAUGGUGGGGGUUAACACAAUGAGUGCCAACAUUAUUGUUCAAAAGAAACACCAGAGUUUAUCUUACAAUGUCCUACGGUUAGACACCAAGUCUGUAUGUGACUGCAGUCCACACAACUUACUCUUAAUGCGCAUUGAGUAGUCUGGCAAAGGCAUUACCAGUUCAGAUGCUGUAGUUUGCAAAUGUGCCCCCCUCAAUCCUCACUUUGACUAGGACUGAAUUAGGAUAACAAUAAGGAAGAGCUGCAGGAUGUGCUGCCAUUUGAAAGCACUGAGCGCCAUCUCCUCAGACUAAUCCAAGAGCUGACAAGGAGCAUCUCAAUUCUGACAAGUGUCCAGUGGACAAGGAUAACUGAUGCCUUUGCAAACAAGGUAUUGAGUAUAUUUAACAGGUACGCUGUCUUCUUAGCAUUCAGUGGGGUAGAACGCUGGACAGGAUGGACUCCCCAGAGGCUUGCUAUCCAUUUUAUGGGAGAAUUUGGUGUCUUUGUCAAACUGCGGUUGAGUUUAAGUACGAGCCAAACAAGUCCUGACAAACAUUUAAUGUUCUCAAUUUGACAUGCCAAUCUGUCACUGCUUUCCAAAGGGACUUGCUUUAAAAAAAUUCCAAGGUUAUCCCUUUUUCUUGAUUUGGCAUUUAACCAAAGGGUACUCUGUACAUUGCAAUGGAAGUAUUGGUGUGUCCUUGUCCACUUGCUAUUUACAUCACUGAAAAAGUUAUAAAUGAGGUAUGGAUUCAUCAUAUCCAUGGCCUUUUAUCACACAGGAAAUAACUGGCACAGAUUCUCUGGUAAUUUCCCACUCCGCGUUCCUCAGUUUGAUGUUCAACCAUUCAACAUCUUGACUGCUCCCACUGGAAUUCUACCCCCUUAUCUGGUCUUCCUUUCAGUCAUUAAUACUUUUAAAAUCUACUUUUUCAUUGCACUUUCAGUCAACUCUCCUGUGAGCUCUGUCACUUAGUUGAUGUCCUCCUAAAUCCUUUACAUUCAGUCUCCCUUUUCUACUCUGCUAUUAGGACCACCUCACAGAUAUCACACCACUUCCUGCCUCAGUAUCCUAGCCUUGUACUUACUGACAUCUCAAUGGAGCUUCACCGUGGUGUGUGGACCUCACUGUUCACACUCAGGUUGAAAGAGCUCAGAGGCUGCAACUGUGAUUGAAAGGCCAAACAAAACUAUGUUCUUUUUGUAGGAGUCAUUGUCGAUAUGUAAGUUUAAUGAUUCUCACUCUUGAACCAACUGCCACACAUAUUGUAACCACUGAGGUAUCUGAACGUGUUGUGCUGAAUUAUGAGAUCCACUGUCCAAAAAGAGAAUUAUGACAGAUUGAUCAGAGUUCUGUGUCAAGCAGCUGUGAUUUUUAUUGUAAAACAGUGCCACAAAUUCUGGGUAAAAAGUUUUUUGCCCCUAUUUGUUUGUCCUUGUGGCAGGGUCUUAACAUGUUCAGGGAAACAUUAAAAUGAGGAAUUAAGGAAAUAAACUUUUAAAAUGUGA